AUGUUCUCAUACCUAUGGUGGCAGGGUACAUGUUCGAUCAUGAAAAAUUUUCAUCCGAGUGGUCUUUCUUCUUUCUCUUCCUCUGUGGUAUCUAACAGUCCGCAAUCAGGUGUGUCCCCUUAUACAUUUUUUCAUAAAAAAAUUAGAAAUGAAGAAGAAGAAGAAGAAGAAGAAGAAGAAGAAGAAGAAGAAGAUUUCCGGCUUAUCUUAUCUGUUCCCUGUGUCUUGAUCUGUGCAUGAACUUCAUCAGAGAAGGAAAGGCUUUCAUGUGCGGAGAAAAUGGAAGAUGAAAGGUCGAAUAAUGAAAACCCAGCUGAUCAGGGAAGUGAAACAUGGAGGUUCAACGCGGAGGAUGUCGAUCCUUCUACUAUAAACGAGCUUCCGCCAGAAAUCCAGCAGGAGGUACAAGAGUGGAUCCAGUCAUUUAAACGCCCAACUCCGGCUAAGCGGGCUGGUGCCACCAUUGCUCAUUACUUCUCACCAGCCAAGAAGUAG